ACGGUUAUCGGUUUUGAAACGUCGCUCAGUUCGUUAACGUCCUUCGGCUCGGAAGCAUCCCAUUCGGUCAGCUCGAUGCCAGUAGCGAACAGAAGUAGUAGUGGUAGUAAUAGUAGUAGCGGUUGUGAACAGUUGUGACUCUCAGGAAUUGCUUGGAAUAUGGCUCUACAUCCGCUUUCCUACAAGGAAUCGAACAAAUCUCCGACGGUACUCGGUGGCAGUACACCCGGCGGUACGAUCGCAUCCAAGAUUCCGUUCUCCAUUGAGGAUAUACUGUUUCAGAAUGGAUCCGUUAACAAUCAAAACAACAACAACAACAAUAAUAAUAAUAAUAAUAGUGCUAAUUACAAUGUAAAAUCGGCAAAAUUUCCGGGAUCUCCUCUUGGAGCACAUGUGAUUGAUGGUGGUGGAGUUGAAGGUGGUAGCAAUAGUAGUAGCAGCAGUAACAAUAGCAAUGCGUCGGUGGACUCCUGUGGAGGACCCCGCAAGGUGCCCCAGUUUAUCAGUACCGGAGGGAAUGUGAAUAGUAACAAUAAUAGCAGUAAAUUUAGUGAUAGCAACGUGAUACGUAGUGAUAGCAAUAGAAACAAUAGCCAUAGUGCUGGCGUGAACGGGAUAUGCGGCGGAGAAGAGGAUUACCGAAAAACGCUGCAGUCGGAAAGGUACAGCAAACUAUCCCUCAACAAUCAAAACGGUCCCCACAACAAUGGUCCACCCGGGCCUCAGUUCAGCAGUCACAACCCGAGCGUCAUCUAUCCUGCUGGACCGUAUGGUGAUCCGGGCUAUCUGCAGAUGGCUCUUGGCGCCUAUCUAGCUCCGUCGGCCAGUGGCUACAAAACGGUGGACCCAUACUUCCUAUCCCAGGCGGGACUCUUUGCCGGAUCUCCGUUGUUCCCGGGUGGUGCCUGUCCGGACAUCGCACUUGGACUCGGCAUGGGCAUGAGUGCUCUGAGACACUGCCGGAGGCGAAAGGCACGGACCGUUUUUAGUGACCCUCAACUGACGGGGCUGGAGAAGCGAUUCGAAGCUCAAAGAUAUUUAUCUACACCAGAACGAGUGGAAUUGGCAUCCGCGUUGGGUCUCAGUGAGACCCAAGUGAAAACCUGGUUCCAGAAUAGGCGAAUGAAACACAAGAAGCAACUACGGAGGCGAGAAACCAAUAAUGCCGAACCGGUUGAUUUCUCGCGCAAUGAGUCGGGCACCAGUGCGGGAGCAUCUGGAACCAGCGGUACCAGUUCUUCCAGCCAAUCUAAUUCAGCUGGGGCCACCAACCGAUUGAAUUCCAGCGGGACAGGUGAAAAAGGGUUUUCCAUGUACAACAGCAAUAACAACACCAACAACCACGGAGGCAAACAGUCGGCUGGAGGUGGUGGAAUUCCUGGAAAACCGCUGCCCAUGGGUGCCGGCCCACCGCUGAUGGGAGGCAUAGUAAAAGGAUUGCACGCAUCGGCCAACUCAUCGUUCAGCUUGGUCCGCCGGCCGCCCAUGAUGGAUCGCAACGGAGAGCUGCUAAGCGACGAUGACGAUGACUAUGGAAACGAUUCCGAUGACGACUGCAGCGACGUGGACAUUGUCGGUGACGAAAAGGCUUAUAUGACGUAAAUUGGCGAGUCAAUUGUUAGAUCAAUGGCUGGAAGAAAAUGUUAUUAAGUCACAUAUGUAUAGUAUCGUGCAUAUGAUCUAGUCCCACUUAGGGUUUGUUUCUAUAUAUAGUCUCACUCGAAUUCUCAUGUACAGUACAAAUAAUCCGAUUUGUACAAAAUUAGUCGUUUCUGUGUGAUUUCAAAACCCAAACCAGACGAGAGAUCGGUAUCGUAAAGCUUCUGUAUAAAGAUCUGAUUGAACAUUCUAAAAUAAACCAGUCAACUUAGAGAGCCA